AUGGCGUUGGCAGUGCCGGUGUGGUGGGAAGGUCAUGAGAUUGCUGGUCUCAUACAUGGCGUUGGCAGUGCCGGUGUAUGGGAAGAUGCCGGUGUGGUGAUGAUACUGUCUGCGCGCGUAGGACUUGAUAUGAGAUUUGUGAGCUACACGUGGCGUUGGCAGUGCCGGCGUGUGAGCUAUGGAGUUCCGUCCCCCGGUUGGACUACUCAUCCCUGGACGCGGGUUCAUGUUCGAAAAUCCUGCGUACCAGCCAACAAUCCCCCGGUUGGAUUGUCUUCCCCGGGGAGACUCUGCCAAAAUUUUGGUAGGAUGUCUUGGGUUUUUAGUAAGUGGGCCCGGCAUCGGUGUGAUGUCGGCACCAAAACAGGGUCCGCCCCAGUUUCGGGGGAAAUUCCGGGGCGGGUCCUGUCAGCUUGGUAUCAGAGCACUAGAACCAUGUCGACUCGUCGACCAAGAACGCGAGGUCGUGGUCAGAGAUGGGGGCCAAAUCCUCCACCACCAUCUCCGUCACCACUUCCUUCGCCACUAGUUCCAUCUCCUCCACCAUCUCCACCUGCUGGAGAGAAUGCCUUGGACUUGCGCCAGGUGCUAAGCCAAUUUACGCGCACGAUGACUACCGCCUUGCGGGGGAGGCGUGGCACAGAAAGUUCUGAAAUCAAAAGGGUAAAGGAACUUGGGGCAAAAGAGUUCAUGGGUGGCCCAGACCCAGCAGAGGCUGAGAGUUGGAUCUCUGAUGUGGAGAGGAUUUUUGAGGUGCUGGAGUGCCCAGAUGGGGAUAGAGUCCGUUUGGCUACCUUUCUGCUUAAGGGGAAGUCUUAUUUGGUGGAUUUCGAUGUUAUUUUGGGGAUGGAUUGGCUAGAGAAGCAUCAUGCGUCCGUGGAUUGUUUCCGGAAGGAAGUGACACUCCAGAGUCCAGGACAACCCAAAGUGAUAUUCCGGGGAGAACAUAGAAUCCUCCCUACUUGCCUUAUCUCUGCUAUUACAACUAAGAGGUUACUCCAGAAAGGGUGUGAAGGAUUCUUAGCUCAUAUCAUCGACACUCGAGAGAUCACCUUGAAUCUGGAAGAUAUUCCCGUUGUUAGUGAGUUUCCUGAUGUCUUUCCAGAUGAUCUUCCUGGGUUACCUCCUGAAAGGGAAAUCGAGUUUACUAUUGAACUCCUUCCAGGCACCAAUCCUAUCUAUCUAACUCCUUAUAGGAUGGCACCAUCCGAACUUCGGGAGUUGAAGACUCAGUUGCAGGAAUUAGUGGAUAUGGGUUUCAUCCGACCUAGUGUUUCCCCAUGGGGUGCACCGGUGUUGUUUGUGAGGAAGAAGGAUGGGACCAUGAGGUUAUGUAUUGAUUACCGGCAGUUGAAUAAGGUGACAGUACGUAACCGGUAUCCUUUGCCUCGGAUUGAUGAUUUGUUCGAUCAGUUGAAAGAUGCCAAGUAUUUCUCUAAGAUUGAUCUGAGAUCAGGGUACCAUCAAUUGAGGAUUAGAGAAGAGGAUGUUCCUAAGACCGCAUUCAGAACGCGGUAUGGUCAUUAUGAAUUUCUGGUGAUGCCGUUUGGACUGACGAAUGCUCCAGCAGCGUUUAUGGAUCUCAUGAACAGAGUGUUCCGACCAUACUUGGAUCACUUUGUGAUUGUGUUCAUAGAUGAUAUCUUGGUUUACUCUAAGACUUUGGAAGGGCAUAAGAAGCAUCUAAGAUUGGUAUUAAGGACUUUAAGGAGGAAGCAGCUUUAUGCCAAAUUUAGCAAGUGUCAGUUUUGGCUUGAUAGAGUGGUAUUCCUUGGACAUGUAAUCUCAACGGAAGGGAUUUAUGUGGAUCCGCAGAAAGUUGAGGCUAUUGUGAAUUGGGUGCAACCCACAAGUGUGACGGAAGUACGGAGUUUUCUGGGAAGGGUUUCUUCGAUAGCAACACCUCUCACGAGGUUGACAAGGAAAGAUGUUGCAUUUGAGUGGACGGAGGAGUGUGAACAGAGUUUUCAGGAGUUGAAGAAGCGGUUGACCACCGCACCUGUUUUGGCUCUUCCUGAUAACUCAGGGGGCUUCGUGAUCUACAGUGAUGCAUCUUUGCAAGGAUUGGGAUGUGUUUUGAUGCAACAUGAUCGGGUGAUUGCUUAUGCCUCGAGGCAACUCAAGAAGCAUGAGCGGAAUUAUCCAGUUCAUGAUUUGGAACUUGCUGCAGUGGUGUUUGCUUUGAAGAUUUGGCGGCACUACUUGUAUGGUGAGACGUGUCAGAUUUUCACUGAUCACAAAAGCCUUAAGUAUUUCUUUACUCAGAAGGAGCUGAAUAUGAGACAACGGCGUUGGCUGGAAUUGAUCAAAGACUAUGAUUGCACGAUUGAGUAUCACCCAGGCCGAGCUAAUGUGGUUGCAGAUGCAUUGAGUAGAAAGACCACUGCGAACUUAGCUCACAUCAGGACGGCCUAUCUUCCGUUGUUAGUGGAACUACGGAAGGAUGGAGUAGAAAUGGAGAUGACUCAACAAGGUGGAAUCCUUGCUAGCUUGCAUGUGAGACCCAUUAUGGUGGAGCGGGUAAUUGCAGGCCAGUUGGAAGAUCCUACACUCUGUAGGAUAAGGGGAGAAGUAGAAAAUGGAACACGAAAGGAUUAUGCCAUAAGGGGAGACGGAGCCUUGGUAAAAGGAGCUCGUUUAUGUGUACCUAGUAAGAAUGCUGAAUUGAAAAGAGAAAUCAUGGAGGAAGCUCACUGUUCCACUUACACUAUGCAUCCGGGUAGCACGAAGAUGUAUCGGACGCUACGGGCAUAUUACUCAUGGCCGCAUAUGAAGGGAGACAUUGCCAAAUAUGUGAGUAGAUGUUUGAUUUGUCAACAAGUGAAGGCGGAGCGACAGAAGCCAUCGGGACUCAUGCAACCACUUCCGAUUCCUGAAUGGAAGUGGGAGCGUAUUGCCAUGGAUUUUGUUUUCAAGCUUCCACGUACUUCAAAGGGUCAUGAUGGAAUUUGGGUGAUAGUGGAUAGACUCACCAAGUCUGCCCAUUUUCUACCCAUUAAGGAGACCUAUCCUUUGACAAGGUUGGCAAAACUUUUUGUGGAUGAGAUUGUGAGAUUGCAUGGAGCACCUGUGUCCAUCGUAUCGGACAGGGAUCCUAGGUUCACUUCUCGAUUCUGGAGGUGUUUACAAGAAGCUAUGGGUACUAGAUUGCAGUUUAGUACCGCUUUUCACCCACAAACCGAUGGACAAUCGGAAAGGACUAUCCAGACUCUGGAGGACAUGUUGAGGUCCUGUGUGUUACAGUUUAAGGAUGCGUGGGAUGUUCACCUUGCCUUGGUGGAGUUUGCUUAUAAUAACAGUUAUCAUUCGAGUAUUGGGAUGGCUCCUUAUGAGGCGUUGUAUGGGAGGCAGUGCAGGACUCCCAUUUGUUGGAAUGAAGUGGGUGACAAGAAACUGGAAAAAGUGGAUAGUAUCCGAGCAACAAAUGAGAAGGUGAAGAUGAUAAAGGAGAAGUUGAAAACUGCACAAGACCGACAGAAGAGUUAUGCAGAUAACAGGUCUAAGGAUCUUGAGUUUGCAGUUGGGGAUUGGGUGUUCCUGAAAUUAUCUCCAUGGAAGGGUGUGAUGAGAUUUGGGAAACGUGGGAAGUUAAGCCCUCGGUACAUUGGACCUUAUGAGAUUACGGAGCGAAUUGGACCUGUUGCAUAUAGACUUGCAUUACCCCCAGAACUAUCUCGAGUACAUGAUGUGUUUCAUGUAUCCAUGCUCCGGAAAUACAUGCCAGACCCUUCUCAUGUAUUAGAAUAUCAACCUGUGGAGUUAGAAGAAGAUUUGUCGUAUGAGGAGCAACCAGUACAGAUCUUGGAUAGGAAAGAACAAAGGUUGCGUUCUAGAUCAAUCCCGGUAGUGAAAGUUUUGUGGAGAAGCCAAACUGUUGAAGAAGCUACUUGGGAACCCGAAGAGCAAAUGCGGGCCAAGUACCCUUAUCUCUUCCAUUGA